GUGAAAGGCAGAGGUUGUAUAGAGGAGCAAUUCAACUGAAGAGAUCUGAUUCUGCAGCACAUCACAUAACUUGGAAUUAGUGUCUCUAGUGUACAAAUAUAAAACCUGCCUGGCAGAACAAAACGAAGGGGCACGAACUCAACGUUGUGACCAUAGGAUGAAGUAUUUGUAGGAGGAGGGCAGGCCAAAGUCUGAACAGAGGAACACAAGACUGGACCUUGAGUAGUUAUAUUUAAGGGGUACUGAGCUAAAAAGACCAAGGGAGAAAGAUCCAAGUGUUCGUGUUUAAGCCUCCCAGUCCAGCAGACUCAUGGCGAGCAACAACACUGCCAGCAUCGCCCAGGCACGCAAACUGGUGGAACAGCUCAAGAUGGAAGCUAACAUUGAUCGCAUAAAGGUGUCUAAAGCGGCUGCAGAUCUGAUGUCAUACUGCGAAGCCCACGCUAAGGAGGACCCUCUGCUGUCACCCGUGCCUGCUUCUGAGAAUCCUUUCAGGGAGAAGAAGUUCUUCUGUGCCAUCCUGUAAGCAGUGAUGGCUGGCAUUGGGCAUGCCUGCUCCAUCUGGGACCCACACACAUUGAUGUUAAGAACGUAAACCUUUUAGUGAGGGCCGAGGGGCAGGCGUGCGGUGACUCUUCAACCUCACCUGGUUCUCCAUGUGCCCCGUGCAAAACCCCAGCAUGGAGGGAGAGCCAGAGCUGUGCAUGUUUACAAGGGAAAGCACAGCCAACAUGAGCAACUGGCAUUACAGCAGCUAAAGCUGGAUAUGAUGUGUAAAUUGCAGUAUUAAUGCGGUAUUUUGUGGUCCCUAUGAGGUAUUACAUUUUUUUUUUUUAAGCAAAAGAAUUUGAUCAUGAUUGUGAAGCUGAUCACUGAGCAAAGAACCAUGGAUUGCCAUGGAAAAUGUUCUGAUUUCUCCUUUGUUUGCUCUAUUUCAAUAAUCAUUGAUUUCUCUUAAAUGAAUUUGGUAUAUAUAUAGUACAGUAUAUAUAUAUAUAUAUAUACUUAGGUAGCUUUCUACGUAUGUACUUUUUUUAAUUUAAUAAUAAUAGAUAGGUGAAAGCAUUUUUUAUGAAAGAUUUGCACACAUAGAAAUAUUGCUAUCAGAUACGUUAUCUUUAUGAAACUGAUUACAACAUUUAAAUAUGUAUAGCAGGCAAUUUCAUCUUUUGUCUUCUUCUUCAAAAAAAAUAGGUCUUUUUACUAUUUGUAAAAAUCAACUGUGUUGUGCUGUAUGGUUUGAAUGUCUGUGGUGAUUCCAAUAAUAACUGCAUGAAAAAUG